GCCUCCGCCCGCUAUGGCUCUCGGUGGCGUCCUGCGUACCCUACCUGUGCUCCUGGCCCUACUCGGGGCUCUGCUCCCAGGACCUGGAGAAGCCCAAACAUUUGUAUCUCCCUCAAAAGCCAUGUUACCCCGAGGAGGCUCCCUGCAAAUAAAUUGCAGUUCCUCCUGUGACCAGAAAGCCACUGUGGGCCUGGAGACUCCAUUGACUAAAAGACUAGUGACCCGUGGUGACAACUGGAUCGUGUAUGAACUGAGCAACGUGGGAAGAGAUAGUAAACCAAUAUGCUUUUCAAACUGCAACAAUAACCAGUCAUCAGUUGGAGCCUCCCUCACUGUUUACUGGUACCCAGACAAGGUAGAACUGGCACCACUACCCUCCUGGCAACCUGUGGGUGAGAAGCUCACCCUGAGCUGCCAGGUGUUUGGCGGGGCACCCCGGAACCACCUCUCCGCAGUGCUACUCCGUGGGGAUGAGGUGCUGAGCAGCCAGCAAAUGGAUGGGGAGCCCACCAAGGUCACGGCCACAUUGCUGGUGGGCAGAAGUGACCACAGAGUCAAUUUCUCGUGCCGCUCAGAACUGGAUCUGCGAACCCAAGGGCUGGGACUUUUCAAGAACACCUCAGCCCCCUAUCAGCUCCAAACCUUCGUCCUGCCAUCAACUCUUCCGAAACUUGUCACCCCUGGGCUCCUGGAGACAGGCACUGAGGGGACCGUGGAGUGCUCUCUGGAUGGGUUGUUCCCAGUCUUAGAGGCCCAGAUUCACCUGGCACUGGGGGACCAGAGGCUGAACCCCAAAAUCACAUACAAGAACGAGUCCUUGUUGGCCAAGGCAUUUGUCAAAGCAAACGCAGAAGAGAAAGGCUCCCAGCAGCUGACAUGUGCUGUGAUACUGGGGAACCAGAGCCGGCAGAUUAGCCAGAGGGUGACCAUCUACAGCUUCCCUGAGCCCAACCUAACUCUGAGCAAAGCAGAGGUUUCAGAAGGGACUGAAGUGUUGGUGCAUUGCAAGGCCCACCCUGGAGCUGUGGUGAUGCUUAGUGGGGCUCCAGCUGGGCCACUAGGCUGGUGGGCCCAAUUCUUGCUUAAUGCCAGCGCUGAGGACAACAGGCGCAUCUUCUCCUGCCAUGCUACCAUGAAAGUGGAUGGACAGAUGCUAAACAAGACCCAGACCCAGGAGCUCCAUGUUUUGUAUGGUCCCCGACUGGACAAGACGGACUGCCCGGGAAACUGGACAUGGGAAGAAGGUUCCCAGCAGACUCUGAGAUGCCAGGCACAGGGGAAUCCAUCCCCUCAGCUGAACUGUUCCCGUAAAGGGGAUGGAAUUUUGCUGCCCAUUGGAAACCUAAGUUAUAUCACACGUAAUCUUAUGGGCACCUACAUCUGUCGGGCUGUGAGCACGCGUGGAGAGAUUACUCGUGAGGUGUUCAUCAAGGUGCUCUACUCAGACCACCAGACUUCAGUGGUCAUCAUUUUGGUGACAGCCAUAAUUGUCUUGGGUACUGUGGGCAUCACUGCUUACCUGUACAAUCGCCAGCGGAAGAUUAAGAAAUACAAGCUACAGGAGGCCCAGAAGGUGGCCUCCAUGAAGCUGAACACACAAGCCACACCACCCUGAGCCCAUCCCAGGACAGGACUGCCUCUUUGGGCCCCCACAUGGUAAACAGAGUGGUGGACACAUACCAUGCCAGAGGACAGGACAGCAGUCUCAGACACAGACAGCAUUUGGGGUCAUAGUAUCUGCACACCUAAGACCUUCAGGCCUCACACCAGACCUGUAGGCACAGCACUGAGCCAAGAGGAGGGGGCAAGAGUCAAGAUAAGAUUGUGAGGAAUAUCAGAAUCUAACCUGGCCAGAGUGGGAAUGAUGAGAGAGAGACACAUACUCCCAACAUGGGGACACAUAGUCAAGAAAUACUGAAACUUAACUGCCUGCAGUGUAUACCAAGACCCCACAGCCCCAAGGAAGAAGUGGACCUAAACAGACAUGCGCAGUAUGGAAACACAAAUGCCCUCACAGACAGAUGCCAACUCUGGUGCUGCUGUCUACUGCUGUCCUCAACUCUUUUAUUUAUUUUUUUUUUUUGAGACAGAGUCUCACUUUGUCACCAUGGUGUCAUU